AUGCAGGUUGCAGAAGCAUAUGCGAAAGAGAUUGAGAUUUUGAAUGAACAAACAAGGGCUACUCUGCAGACCAUUGCUUCCGGAAGCAGUGGUGUGGCCGAGAAAUUAAAAUUCAUCGACUUGUUAGAGCGUCUUGGAAUAGCAUAUCACUUUGAGAAAGAGAUUGAUGAUCAACUCCGACAUAUUUAUACCCAACCCGUCCACUUGAAUGAUUUGGAAACCGUUGCUCUUCAGUUUAGAUUGAUGAGGCAACAUGGUUACAACAUUUCUACUGAUAUUUUUAGUAACUUUGUUGACCGCGAUGGUAAGUUCAAAGACACCUCUGAUGUGAAGGGUCUUCUGAGCUUAUACGAAGCUUCGUACGCGAGAACACGCAGUGACGACGUUCUAGAAGGCGCGGUCGCUUUUGCGGCUACUCGUCUCCGAUCUGCAGCGCCACUUCUGGAACCCAACAGCACUUUAAAAAAGAUGGUGACGCAUGCCCUAGAUCAGCCAUUGCACACCGGCAUGCCAAAAAUAACCACCACCCAUGGUGCUAAUUCUUAA